UGCACCAGGCUGAAUAAUGCAGAGGAUUUGUCGUCGAUGCGUCUGUGCAGAGAACACCGGCAGGGUUGUGCAUGUGGGAAAGGCCAUACUCAGAUCCUGUUUGAAAAGGGCUUCAUGUUUACUGCUCUUUAGUGUCAUCACUUCUGAGCUGGUUCUUGUGACUUUGACAGACGCUGUGUUUUUACUCCUCCUCCUCCUCUGUUCUCUAUUUCUCAGGAGAAGCUGGAUGAAUCUCUGACGAGCUUGUCUCCCAUCCUGAGGGAGUUGAUGACGGCUGUGUUCGAGGCAGCAGCGAAAGAUAACACCAAGUGUCGAGUGGACAUGGCACUCAUUCAGAAGAGUUUGCCUGUUUUACUGAAGUACCGCAACUCAGACACUGAGCAACAGCUGCAUGCGCUUCAAGAACUUAAGGCGCUGAUCGUCACCCUCGAUCAUCCUCCAAACCUCCUCCGGAUUUUCUUCGAUUGUGUGUACGACGGGGACGUGAUAUCCGAGGACGCAUUCUACAAGUUUGGAACCAGCAAAGACCAGGCCGAGCAGCUGGGUAAAGGCGUGGCCCUGAAGUCCAUCACGGCCUUCUUCACCUGGCUGCGGGAGGCAGAGCAGGAGGCGGAAGAUAAUUGAUGAGCGGAGACCCCUGGGGGACAUGGCGUAACUUCUGAAACAAGCCGCCAUUUCGAGUUUGGAUAUAAGACAUAGAUGAUAUUUUUGUUUUAAUUUUCAACCUACUUCUUUAAUUUAUUAAUAAUAAAUGGUAUUUAAAAAUA